AGCCCCAGGGUCAGUGCUGCCCAGCAGUAUCAGUCUUGUCCCGCCUUCCCCAGCCUGACCUGGAGUAUGUCCCUGUCCCUUUUAAAUCCUUCUGCCGUUCCCCACCCAGCCUGGUGGGGUGUCUUUGCUCUGACAAAGCAAGAGAAAGAUGGAGACUCUUAGCCCGCAUGUCCCACUGAGCACUCCUCAGUCCUGUGGGGAUAGAUCCUGCCUGUCUCUGUGGCACUGUGCCCUCCUGGCAGCUCCCACAUGCUGGUGGUAGCAGGACUGAGGACUGUGGGUCAACACAAACAUCACAGCCACUCAGGACCCUCAAUUCUGUGACUGCUAUCUCUUGUGCUGUGGCUGAUUUCAGGUCUCAGGCCCCUUUGUCCCGGGGCCUCUGGCCACAUUCCCCUCUCAGGCGACUUCCUCGCAUUGUCCCAGUCCCGCAGAGUGUAAAACCAGCCAGGCACAGGGGAAGCAGCGCUUUCCUGGAAGCACCCCUCUGGAAGCAGCCUCUCUGGCACAGGCAGCCUGCCCGCCGGGCAGAGUGGUGAGCACUGCCUGGGCAUCCAUGUGCCACCAAAUAGUCCUGGCCAGGCUGGAGACAUCACUGUAGGAAGGCUGGCAGGCAGCUGGCCAUGGCCACCCUGUGCCUGGCAGUGCCCUUGGCUGUGAUGCAGUGAUGCCAGGGUGACAGGACUGGCUGGGGCUGACAGGUUGUCUUGUCAGGUUUCCUGAGGCUCUCAGGAAAGAUUUGUGUCUGGAUUUUUGCUGGGAAGCAUGAGAGAGUGAGGGUCACAGUAUGAGGAGGAUGCCAGGCUGCCAGGGAGGUGUGGCGGGACUGGAAGAGGGCUCCAAGGGCUGGUCUUGCUGCCCAUGGUGGAGGGCUUGGUGCAGGGAUCUGGGUCCAGCCAGGCUCUGGAGCUCCAGCCCCCACCCCAGUGCUGCUGCUCCACCCUCGGGAGCAGUGGAUCUCGGCGCCUUGGCAGGGAGCAGCCUGAGUCCACCUUGGCCAGUCACGGUCCCAGGCCAAGCCCUGCUGCCAGCGCGGCUGCAGGCAGUUCCCAUCCCCACGGCACAGGUGGAUGGCACACCAAGCUCCUCCUGGACAAGCCUCAUCAGCCAAAUCUUCCUGCAGCACAUGCACCUCCCCUCCCGCCAAAACUCCCUGACCGGGGCCCAUCUUGUGCUGCUGGGACCAAAUGUACCCAGGGCAGAGUGUCCUAGCACACUGUUAACUCCGAGCCCUACUGAUGCACAGUGAUGUUAUUGACUGUUUUGCUGCUAUUGGUUUUCAUAGAAACCUCUCACAUAAUCCAACAUUCUCCCCAUGAGCUGAGGGACCCCCACAGCUGCCAAACCCACCCCUCUGCUGCCAGCAACUUCUGCAGCACCCUUAUCUCCCAUCAGUACAAAAAUCAGCUGAUUUCAUGUUAAACAGGGAGCAUGGAAGAGCCAAAAGCCUCCAGCAGAUCUGGUGUGUCAAGACAGUGUCAUUCCUCAGUGCCUGCAGUCCUGCUGGGCACCUCUGCAGGAGCACAUGGAUGUGCUGAGCAGAGCAACACCAGGGUCCCAGUAUGGCCACACUGGAGGGUUGGGCAUGGGCACCCCAGAAAGGCUUCUAGUUCUUCUGGGCUCAACCACCAGUGGGUCAGACAUCUGUGCAGGUGGCUCUGCCUCACCAGGGGCUCGGAGCUGUGCCACCAGAGAUGUGAUGGAGGGACAGUGUCCUGGGGAGGGUUGGAUUUGGACAGGGCACAGUCUGUUGGCUGUCCCAACAAGGGCUCGUCCUGAGCACGGUGUGUGUGAGCACUUGCCUGGUGAGCACUACUGCCUUGUCACACCAAGCCUGGGGGUGUCAGUGGGGUGUUACUUUGGGACAUCGUUCAGACCUGGGUGGGCAUCCGGCCCCGGAGCUACCGUGCACACGGAUGCCGCUCCACAUCCCGCAGGGAGCUGGCCCGGCGGGUCCGGUUCGGUGGGGGGUGAGCUUGGGACAGGAGGCGUUUCUGCGUCCGCUGCCAGCUCCCACUGUUUGCUCUUUUCCCUUCCUCUCCGCUUGCCGUGGAGCAGCAUGAGUUUGGCUGCAUACCACGGGAAUGUCACCAAGCCGCACGCGUUGGCAGUGAGCAGUCUGGUGCUGGCGGCGGGUCGCGGCGCUUGCUUGUAGCCAGCGGUACAAGGUACCGGCACUGUGGCACAGCGGCUCCGGACGGUGGGUUGAGGAGCUGUCAGGAUCAGUCUCGGCCCCCAGGUUCACCACCCUCGCCCUCUGGCGUGCUCGGUGCUCCGGACCGGCGGCGCUUGCCGCUGUGCCCGUAUCCGUUGCCAUGGCUGCUCUGCUGAUGGCGCAUCGCCCGCUGCUGCCAUUACAUCAUUCCUGCCAUAGCUCCGCGCUGGCAGAGAGGGUCCGAGCAGCUCCAGCCGCUCCAGCCGCGUCCCCAGACUCUCCUGUGCGUGGGGAGCGAGCCUGAGAGGGAAAAGUUUGGUGGUGAAUUUGAGCGAGAGGCGCCGUCUCACGGGAGCUUCAGCCUGGAUUGAAACAGCUCCGAUGGCACUGUCAAAUAUCUCCCUGUGGAUUCGGGAUGCCUGGGCUGUGGCCACUUCUAACCUGGACCUUGAGAGCAAGAAAGCCGCCCCUGGCAAGCUGCCAUGGCAGCAGCCUGUGAACGUCUUCCUGGCGGCCGGGCGCCCACCGGGCAUGGAGCAGCUGCACCAGGAGGCCCAGCUCAACCUCCAGAGCUUGCUGCAAGAGGAGUAUGAGGAGCAGUACACCGAGAGCAGAGUCACUGGGCAGACCUUCCGCACCGCUGGUCACCCCGACACCCCCCCUGAACCGUCACCCCGACCCCCACCUGCCAAGCGUCUUGAGUUCGUGCUUAUGCCCCCGAGCCGGCGAACUGCUGAAGAGGAGAGCACCAGUAGCACCCCCCUCAGCGCUCGCCCCCCUGAUGCCUCCCUGAGCCUCCCCACCAGCCCGGACAAGCAGCCCCCCUGGCCCAGGGCCUUCCCCCUGCCCCCCGUGGAGGAGAAGCAGUGGCACCAGCCUGGCUCCAUCCAGACCAACAUUGUCCCCAUUAAUGUCUCGGGGCAGCACUUUGCUAGGCUCGCGAGUGCUCGUCACUCCCUGUUUAACACAGAGACCGCGAUGAACCCAAAGUCCACCCUGCGGCGUAGACGGACCAUUAUUGGAUUCCCUAACCUGUCCCUGCGAGACCAAGGCAGUGCCAACGGCCCCACAUCCAGCAAACACGCGCCCAUCGCCGAGUCCCUCUCCUGCAGCUUUGUGCCUGAAGCCACAAGUGGGGGGACGGCACCCCAGGAGAUCGGCUCCCGCCAGCCCCUCUCGGCCCCGCUGAGGAAGACCUUCAGUGACCUCGGGGCCCGCUGCUGCCAGCCACCUGCUGCCAUGGAUGGGGCAGCCACCCCCUGUGCCAGCACCUGCAACGGGAUGCAGGGCACCCCUUUCUCCCCACCCUGGAGCGCCCUGGGCUACGGGAGCCCCCCCAGCCCCACCACCGGCCUGGGAAAGGGGCCCACCUGCACCUCACCAGGUGGCUCCAUCCCAUCGCCCGGCCCAGGCUCACCCGCUGCUGCCACCCCCUCCUUCUUCAUCGCCACGGAAGAACGCAUGGGCAGCAACGGGCCCAGCUUCUUCUCCGGCCCAGUGCCUGCUUCCCCCCUCACCUCUGGGUGCAUCCAAGAAGCCAAGGGGAACUUCUUGCCGGGAAGCCGAGAGGAGCUGGCGCCGGCGGCAGGGCCGAUGCGGCUGGAGGUGGAGCGGGCAGGGUGCCGGUUCCGUGAGCGGUCACUGUCGGUGCCCACGGACUCGGGGUCCCUCUGCUCCAUGGACAUUGCGUACGCUGAGACCCGGCGGGGCAGCGCCAACUACGCCCUGGGCUACCCCAGCGCCAGCUCCGAGGGCAGCACCAGCACUGACAACAUCUCACUGGGGCUGGAGCCCGAGGGCCAGCGGCGGCGGCGCUCCAAGAGCAUCUCCCUGAAGAAGGCCAAGAAGAAGCCCUCGCCGCCCACGCGCAGCGUCUCCCUGAUCAAAGAGGGGCAGGACGAUGACACGGGGCUCGCUGCAGCGCUGCCCAAGGAUCAGCGGCCCAAGAGCCUAUGCAUCCCACCAGAGCUCCAGGGCCACCGUUUGGUGCAUGCUGACCCUCAGGGGAGUGCAGGGAGGGAGCCUGACAGCACAGCUGCCCCCCACCAGUGGCAUCUCGCAGACUGGAAGGGUGGCAGUGAUCCCUACCGAUCCCUCUCCAGCUCAAGCACAACCACGGGGACCACAGCCAUCGAGUGCGCCAAGACACGGGGCAGCUCCGAGUCCCUUGUGUCCCCUUCCGUCUCCAGGGCCACAACACCCUCCCAGCUCUCUGCUGAGGCAGACCUGAAGACCUCCUCUCCAGGCAGGCCCACGGGACUGAUGUCCCCAUCCAGCGGGUACUCCAGUCAGUCAGAGACCCCAACCCCAACCGUCCCCACCUCUGCCAUACUCGGACACUCCCCGCACCAGGUGCGGGUGAGGCCACUGGUCCCUGAAAGGAAGUCCUCACUGCCCCCCAUAUCCCCCAUGGAGAGGAGCCCCAAGGGCAGGCUGUCCUUUGACCUCCCCAUGACUCCACCUGCCCACCUCGACCUCUCAGGGCUGAAGAUCUCCCUAAAGGGGAAGACGAAGGUCAGCAGGCACCACUCCGACUCCACCUUUGGCACCAAGCUGGCCCAGAAGACCAGUCCCAUCAUGCCCAUCAUGCCAGUGGUGACACAAUCUGACCUCCAGUCUGUCCGCCUCCGCUCCAUCAGCCGCUCAGAGCCAGAGGACAAUGCCGACGGCUCGGAGCAUGUGGAGGAGCCAGCGCGUGGCCCCUGCCCGGGGCCAGAGAGGAAGGUGAAGCCGCCUGUGGCAGAGAAGCCACCUCUGGCCAAGCGCCCUCCAUGCAUCCUGCCCAAACCCCCAGCUCUGCGGGAGGAGGGUCCCCUGUCCUCCAUGUCCCCACCAGGCACUGCUGCAAAGGAGAAAGUGCUGCCACAGGACGGCUUCGUGGUGCUGCGGAGAGGGGAGCUGAGGAGGGGUCUGGGGGAGCCCCCCUUGUCCCUGACCCCGGCAGGACCCCGGCGGCUCUCACAGGGCAGCCUGGAGGAGCUGCAGCCAGAGCGGAGCAGUGCCGCCAACAGGGAGAGGAGGAAGGCCAAGGUGCCACCACCGGUGCCCAAAAAGCCCAGCGUGCUGUACCUGCCGCUCAUGCCAGCCCCAGCACAGCUGGGAGCCAGCAUGGGGGACCCACCACCCACCCCCAGCCCCAUCAUCACCCUGGACGCUGACCCCACCUGCUGCGACCCCGACGCUGAGGAUCCGCCAUCCCCCAAGGCUGUGGGCACCGUGCAAGCCAGCGACCCUGCCUCGGAGCAAGGCAGCUCAGCAGAGGCCAGCACAGAGGAGAAGAGCUUUGCCAGCGACAAGACAGCCGAGUCCAUUGUGGAGGAGGAUGAUGAGGUGUUCACGACAUCCCGCACCACAGAGGAUCUCUUCACAGUGAUCCACAGGUCGAAGAGGAAGGUCUUGGGCAGGAAAGAACCUGGUGAUACCUUCAGCAGCCGACCCACCUCCCACUCACCUGUAAAGACUUCAGGCUCCCCGACCAGUGAGUCCCCAGCAGCAGUGGGCAGCAGCGGGAAGUCUUCCAGCAGGAACGAGGAUUUUAAAGCCCUGCUUCAAAAGAAGAGCAGCAAAACCAGCCCCGGUACCCGGCCAUCUGCCGCUGAACUGCUCAAGACCACAAACCCACUGGCCCGGAGGGUCAUCACAGAGUUCGCCCCCGAGCUGGACAGUGCAAACAGCCCCAGAAGCCAGCCCUGACCACGCAGGGGCCCCUCCAGCCGGAGGGGUGGUGAUGGCUGUGGAGGGAGUGCUGUGAGGGGCUGUUCUGGCUGCCAGGGGCCCCUGUGUCCUGCCAGGGGUUCUGCUUCUGUUUCUUACUUGGAGAGCUGCUGGCAGAGAGGCAGCAGCUAGAGCCCAAGCCCCCAUGUCUCUGGGCCCUUCCCACAAGGGAAGAGGCAUCACGGUGGCUGGGACUGGCCCCGGUUGAGCCAGCUCCUGGGAUUGAAGAUGCCCACCCAGGAAGCAGAGUGGGACCACAGCCCCUGGCGUCACCCCGUGCCUGCAGCAAAGCAGCUUGAGACUUUGGUCCCUUCGGCAUGUGGUACUUUAAACAGCUUUUCUAAUGCACAGUGGUGGUGAUGUUUGAUUCUCUUCCCUUUGACAUUGUACCUUGAGUUUCCCAUGCAGAGAUCCGCUGGUUGAGUUCGGCUGGACACACAGAUGCACUUUGGAAAGACGCCAGGGGUUCAGCUGGAUCUGUGGUUGCUUUUGAAGAGUCACAGGAGGUUCACCCUCAUCUUCCCAAGCACCCUCCCUGCCACACGGGGAACUGGCACCCGGCGUCUGCGGCCAGCGCCACCACCUCAAGCCAAAACCCCACCCCUCGAAAGCCCCCAAAAUGCUGCAUUUUGGAGCUCCUCAGCUCUCAGUCCAAAAGCAAACCCCGGGGUCACCCCCACUGCCAGCCCCACCAGCUGCACCAUACAGAGGUUCCAGCAGUUGCCCCACUCCCCACCAGCUCCCUGCACCAGGGGCCCUGCACCUGGCUGCUGACUGCAGGUGACAGGAAUGCGGGGGGCCUUGCACCACAGGAAGGAAAUGGGAAGGAAGUUCAUCCCCAGCUCUGCCACCCUAAACCUAAUGGACCCUGCAACAGCUUCUCCUGCUGCCCCAGCUACCGGAGAUCCUGGGAUGCUACUGAGGUGGUGGCUUGAAUCCAGGCGGUUGUCACCUGAGCCACCUCCCCAGUGACUCCCGGGGUUCCUUUCAGGGUUGCCCACUGCUCACCACCUGCCCAGUGAUCCCUGGGUUCCCCCAGGAUUGCUCACCGCUCACCUUGCCCGCCAGCUGCUGGGGAGCUAAGCAAGGCCAAGCAGGACACACAGCACCAGGGCACGUGCACAGGAGGGUUUGCACGUCCCUGGAUGGGAUUUCUCCCACUCACCACCAGCUGCUUCUUCUUGGCCUGGCUCCAGCAUGGGAGCUUCAGCUGCCAGUGACAGAGGCCGUGGUGAGGGGCAGCAGGGCAGGGACAGCCACUGGGACCAGGGCAGGGUGGGGAGGAAAAGCCAGCUCCAAACAUGAGCACGGCCACGCACCCGGAGCAACAGGAAGGGCCAGGCUGCGGCUGACAAGGAAACGGGGUGUUUAGGGAAAUUUCCGCUUUAUUUCUGCACACUCCAGCCCUUCUGUGCCGGGGGAGCAGUGGUGUAGGUCUGGGUGGCAGUGAGGCACCAAGGCAGCCCUUCAGCUGCUGCUCCGAGGGGCCAGGCUCUGGACCCCGGGGAGCACAGCCUGGGCAAACACCUCCCUGUGCUCACCCUCACACUGGAUCUGACCACACAAGGGCUCCAGUUGGUUCCCCUCCCCUCCCUCCCAGUACUUGCCCAUUACUUCCUUCCCUCUCCCAUGGCUGCAGAUUUAAGCCUGUAAUUAAGAUCCAGGCUGAGAAACUCAGGAAAAAAAAAAAGAAAAAGCCCACAAAAAAAAGCUCUAAUGAAUGUCCACACUUUGCCCCCAUCCUGUGGCCCCGCCCGGUGGCACAGCUCUGACACGGGAUGGGGCCGGAGCAGGGAUUGGGAAGCUCUGGGGACGGGUACAUUUUGCACAUGACUGCUCAGGAAACCAGAGAUGGAGCCGGCAAAGGGGGCUGGGGGCAAGCAUGGGGCAGGGACCCCCUUGCAAUACCCCCAGCAUUGCUGGUAGCCGGAGUGGCUGAUGCUGCUGCGGAGAAAUGUCUGGAUGGGCCAGGGUGGAUCUUGGCUGCUGGGCCAGGGGUCGACUGUGGAACAGAGACUGGCCAUGGAAUGGAGACAGGCUGUUGGAUGGAGAUCAGCCGUGGGAUGGAAAAUGGCCAUGGGAUGGAGAUCCUCAUUUUCGUGGCCAGAGGAAUGGGCUGUUCCUGGCUGAGUGCUCGUCCCUGGCCACUCGCUCCCUGCUCCCUCUGGCUGCGGCUGUCCCACUGGGAAGGCAGUGGGGUCCCGGGAAGAGCCCGGCCGACGGGACAGCCCUGCCCCGGGGCAGGGGCCGCCAAGGUGCCAACUAUGGAAUGUUGUACUUUUUAUCUCGCCAGCUUGGUAAAGUGCUCCCUGCUGCCUG